AUGACAAAAGAUGUAAGGAAGCUCUUGGAUGUCACCCCAGAAUGCAAGACAGUUCUCAGGAAGAACAAGUAUGAAGAAGAUUUAGGUUUCACAGGUUUUCUGACUAGCUCAAGGUCAAUGCAGGCAUUUCCCCACGUCUCAACUGAAGCCGCCAGAGAAACUAAAAACCUGCCGGAUGCUCCCGCUGUUGGAACAUCCCAGGCCCCUCGGCCUCCCUGCGGCCAGGGGUGUCGUCUUGGCUGCGCUCUUCCUGGCGCGGCCUCGGCGGGCCGGCGCGACGCCGAGACUCCGCCGAGGCGAGAAGGCCCGUUUUCAGCCAGCCGCGCAGACCCCACUUCCCGGCGGCCGGCGGCGGCUCGGAGUAACAUUUGUCGGUCACCCAUUGCAGAGGCAGUUUUCAGGAAACUUGUAACUGAUCAAAACGUUUCAGAGAAUUGGGUCAUUGACAGCGGCGCUGUUUCUGACUGGAACGUGGGCCGAUCCCCAGACCCAAGAGCUGUGAGCUGCCUAAGAAAUCAUGGCAUUCACACAGCCCAUAAAGCAAGACAGAUUACCAAAGAAGACUUCGCCACAUUUGAUUACAUACUAUGUAUGGAUGAAAGCAAUCUGAGAGAUUUGAAUAGGAAAAGUAAUCAAGUUAAAAACUGCAGAGCUAAAAUUGAACUACUUGGGAGCUAUGAUCCACAAAAACAACUUAUUAUUGAAGAUCCCUAUUAUGGGAAUGACUCUGACUUUGAGACAGUGUACCAGCAAUGUGUCAGGUGCUGCAGAGCAUUCUUGGAGAAGGCCCACUAAGGCUGACCAUGUCCUGAUGUAGCCAUCCUCUAGACCCCACUGAUGCCCUGCAUUUCUCAGUCAGCGUGCUAAAAUAUAAUAAUUUUCCACAGUCCAAGGCCCCAGCUCUUUCUUCAGCUCACUUACUGUUUCUUACCUUAAAAAAUAAUGGUAGAUGGAGAUCCGUUAUGUUUGGCAGAAGAAUAAAUAAAAAUCUUUGAUUAAGACAGUUUAUGGGGUAUGUUAAGCAUUCUGAGACUAUUUGAAUCUCUCACUUUGCCUCAGUUACAAAAAUAGUGGGACAGGCAACAUAUAUAACAACAAAAUAAAGCAUAAUGAAGUAAAACAUCAUUUGACCCAGGUCAACACCUCAGCCUUGAGGCUUAGAUAAUCUAGUCUACCUCUUCAGUAGGUUUGUGUGGAUGGCUUGAUGGACAGGUGCCCUCUGCUCCCCUGUGCUGCUUCUCUCUUUGUCCUGGAACCUUUUAUGGAGAGAAGUAGCCCCCUCUGUAGGAGCUCAUAAUCUAAAUAGGAGUGUUUUAAUUCAUGCACACCCAUUUGCACACUUGUAUGUGUAAGAAAUAGGAAAGAAAGAUUUAUGGUCUCAGUUUUGAACACCUUUAAAACUUCUUGAUUUGGUCUAGUUUAUUUCAUGAGGAGGUCGACUCAUUUGCUCCUAUUUGUAUCACUUUCCCUCUGAAAACUUACUUACACCCAGAAAAGACACACUUACACCCAGAAAGGACACAUUUAUGCUGGCUUAAAACAUAGCAUUGAGGAAUGUGUCUUUUUUUUUUUUUUUUAUGUACUUGUAGCCCAGAUGUCAAAUAUAAAUUGGCUUAGGUGGGAAAAAAUAAUUUAAAAGUUGGAAAGAGUUGUAUUUUGUAGGCAUGCUUGAAUACUGAUAUGUUAAGUAUUCUUUCAUGAGCGUUUAAUAAAUUUAUAGACAAAUAUAGGUAGUUUUUGUGUACUUUGAAGUAACCAAUGUGAAAUUCAUAUGGACGUAUGUCAGAAAAGAUUGUUUUGAAAACAAACUGGGUAGUUCUAAAAAUACAACUGAGAUAGGAAUCUGGUGUCUGCCUACUUUUUAUUUACAAAUGAAGAAACAUCUGAGAACAUUGUCUGUGUUGUCCUUUUCAAAUGAUCUGUGAUGUUGUAUAUGCAUAUUUAUCUUCAGGAUUAGGAAGCAAGAUAAUGAAAAUAAGCACAUUGCCAGCCCAUAUAAUAAUGUUUAGUUUAUGAAAAGAAGUUUGAGUUCCCUGCAGCUGGAAAUGUCCUUGCCUACACCAUCCUCUGGACUCAACAUCCCCCAAGCUGAGCCCUCCUGUUUAGCUCAGCAGGGGAGGGACAGUUUGCUGUGCUCUGUCUAGAUCCUCUGUUCCUUGCUGGUGACCUUAGCUCCUUGGAGAACUUUUAGUUUAAAAAAAGCACUUCUCAUGCAAAGGCUGAAUGGAUCAUUGCCCAGAAGACAGGAGAGUUGGAGGAAUGAGUGAUUCAUGACUGCCUGGUCGAGGCAUUUGUCCUCCUGACUUUAGUAUCAUAAGGGUUUCUGGUGGUGGUGGGGAGGAGGGAGGUGAUGAGCCCUUGAUUUACUGCCCAUGAGAGUGUGAGUAGCUUUCCCCACUGUGACACAUGGAAGGACCAUGAUGACCUCACAGGAAGACAGUUUGCUAACCAAGUGAGCCUCACUCCUGGUAGAAUUACUCAGACAUACAGAAAAUUUAUAAGGGAAAUCACUUUGGUAUUUGAUCACUGUAUCCCUAACAUGUAAAGAAUUGAGAAGACUGAUCAGCUGCGAUUGAAAAAACAGUAUUAAAUAAGAACACUAUAAGGUUAUACUCUG